UGUUCAUCUCUUAUAUAUUCGCAAUAAAUAAAAUGCUUACCUGACACUAUUACACCAGAAAACCGUUUGGUAGAGUUACAGUUCCUAAAACGGAUGUUAAAAUUAGUUUAGGUAAACCAAAACACUAACGUGUAUUUUAGCACUGCUACUGAACAAUAUUUUUGUUUGUUUUCCCCAGAAUUUCCUGCACCUUUAAGUAAUGGAAACAAACGAAGAAAUAGACGUACUGGACCAAGAAGAAGAAAUAAACAUUUACGACGAUAUUUGUAAUUUCGAUUUGGGAGAAGAAAUAGAAAGACUUAAAGCUGAAAAUAAGAAACUAGAGGAACAUAUUUGCUCCCUCAAAGCAGAUAUAGAUAGGUUAAAUGGUACGAUAGCAGAACUAAAAGUAACACAAAAUAAUUUGACGAAAAACAUUUCUUCUUUAUUCAUGACGGCCAAGACGGAGAUUGAAAGAAAAAAUCGAAUGAUAGAGGAAUUGAGAGAAAAGGUUGAAAAUAGAGGAUUAAGAAGUUUUAAACCUGAUUUCAAGAAGCGAAAGGAUAGGGAAAAUAGUCCAUCAGAAGCUAAUAAAUCAAAGAGAUAUAAAUAUGACGAAAGCACAACAAGAUGUGAAGUGCAGGGAGUGCCAUAUAACGACAAGCUAGAGCCUGAACCUGAUGAGAGACAGGAAUUACAAUCUAAAUAUUCCAAUAGGCAAAGGCCUGUAGAUGACAGUAGGUACCAACAAAGAUUCAAAUAUCCUUACAAUAAGUACAGUAAUCAGUUUGAAAAUAACAAGUACGAUUCUAAACUUAGAUAUUCAAAUGAAACAUACACUGAAAGCAAUAAAUUUGAAUUCAAAAAUAAACAUUAUAAUGAUCGAUACAAUAAUUACGAAGAUGAUGGAUAUCAUUCGAGGUCUACAUAUUCUUAUGACAGAUAUCGAAAUGAAAUGGAAGAGAGGUAUGACUCUCGAUCACAAUAUUGCAAUGACAGUUAUAACAAUUGGACAAAUAAUCGCAUUGAUGGUGAUGGUACGUAUGACAACAGAGAUUAUUAUAAUCGAAGUUCAAGAAGCAACGUUGAAGACAGAGAUGGUGGACAAGAAAGAUUUGACACAUAUGCUGAUAAUAGAAGAAAUGAUCAAUGUGACUCCAGUUAUUAUAGGAAUGAGCGGAAUAGAAGUUUUGAAAGACCAGGUCGUUCGAGGUCUGGUACACCCUUUACACCAUUUGCUUCUGAUGUCAGGGAAGACACAUCUCAGAAUAUAGAACGGGAUGCAUCAAAUGUUGCAGUAAAUUCAGAAACAAAUCCAGAGAGAGAAAGAUCCCUCACUCCAAUGCCCCUUCCAGAAGACAUUGAUGAGCCUAAUCCAAAACCUCCCAAAAAACGCCUGAAAAUGUUAGAAGACAUGGAAAAAAAAGUUAGACAAAAUAGACUAUCACAGACUACUAGGUUAUCUGAUCAAUGUGCAACUAAUAAGCCGUCAGAUAUCAACAAACAUAAUCAUGCAUGGAGCUACGACAUUGAUAGAAAUUCCGUAACGAGCAGUAAAUCUACCAAAAGCAGUAAAAGCGAUAGAGAAUCUCAAGGAAGUGCACAGAGAAAAGAAGCUAAUCUAGUUAAAGAAAAAGUUUCAGUCAAAAACAAAACAGGAAGCAGUAAAGAAAAGUUCAGUCCUAGGAAUUAUGAUAUUCAUCCAAAGAAAGAUAUUAAGCAAUCGCCUAAGAAGGAAACUACAAAUAUUAAAAGAAAAAUUGAUAAUACUGUGGAACACCAUAUGAAGGAAAGGAUAUCAAAACUAUUUUGCAGCCCUCUGAAAUUAAAUAAUGAAAAAUGUAAAAUGACAAAUGAAUGUGUUUCAAAGGAACCUAAACAGAAGUGUUCAAAGAUAUCUAACGCCGAAACGGAGCAGAAAUCUAAUGUCAAAGAAUCAUCUGUAAAACGUGUAGAGAAAGAUGUACAAAGGACUACAAAUAAUGAACAACAUAUGAAGGAAAUGAUAUCAAAACUAUUUCACAGCCCUCUGAAAUUAAAUGAUGAAAUACCUAAAAUGACAAAUGAAUGUGUUUCAAAGGAACCUAAACAGAAGUGUUUAAAGAUAUCUAACGCCGAAACGGAGCAGAAAUCUAUUGUCCAAGAAUCAUCUGUAAAACGUGUAGAGAAAGAUGUACAAAUGACUGCAAAUAAUGGGUCCCAAAAACAUACACAAAAAGAAAUAAGAUCAUCUACAAAAAAUUCCCCAGAGACGUUAUCUGUACACCGGAACCAACCUGAAGAUAAAAUCUUGAAAAAGCCAAGUCAAAUUGUGAAAAUUAGUCCAGGCAAUAAUCUUUCCAACAAACGGGAUAAAAAACGUGAAGAUAAAAUUGAAGAAACGAAAAAUCAAGAAAACACUGACAUAGCAAAGGACUUUGAAAACGUUGGAAAACCUUCAGAAAAUGUAAAUAAAAGCACAAAAGCUGCCACAAAUGAAGAAAUCCUUCAAAAGCGUAGGAAUACACCACACUCCUUUGAGGAAUCUUGUAAUUCUGAAAAACCAAGUGAAGAUGGUAAAGAAAAUAUUAGAAAGCAAAGUGUUGAUAAGGACUUAAACAUGGAUAAAGUUGAUGGCCAGGGAAAAACAGAGGAAAAGGUUGUUGCAAAAGCGGUAAUGCCCGAAGAAUUGAAAACUACAGAAGAAUCUAUAAAAUAUAGUCAAAGACACAAUAUUCGUAGCUUUAAAGAGAGAGUUGUUGCUUCUAAAGAUGGGACAACUGAGAGUGAGCAGAAAGAUAAAAAUGUUGAAGAAGGUAAAGAAAAUAUUGGAAAGCAAAGUGUUGAUAAGGGAUUAAACAUGGAUAAUGUUGAUGGCCAGGGAAAGAUGGAGGAAAAGGUUGUUGCAAAAGUGGCAAUGCACAUUGAAUUAAAAACUACAGAAGAAUCUGAAAAAUAUAGUCAAAGACACAGUACUCGAAGUUCUAAAGAGAGAGUUGAUGCUUCUAAGGAUGGGACAACUGAAAGUGAGCAGAAAGAUAAAAAUGUUGAAGAAGGUAAAGAAAAUAUUAGAAAGAAAAGUGUUGAUAAGGGACUAAACAAGGAUAAUGUUGAUGGCCAGGGAAAAACAGAGGAAAAGGUUGUUGCAAAAGCAGUAAUGCCCAAAGAAUUGAAGACUACAGAAGAAUCUGUAAAAUAUAGUCAAAGACACAGUAUUCGAAGUUCUAAAGAGAGAGUUGCUGCUUCUAAAGAUGGGACAAUUGAUAGUGAGCAGAAAGAUAAAAAUGUUGAAGAAGGCAAAGCAACUAUUAGAAAGCAAAGUGUUGAUAAGGAAUUAAACAUGGAUAAUGUUGAUGGCCAGGGAAAAACAGAGGAAAAGGUUGUUGCAAAUGCGGUAAUGCCCAAAGAAUUGAAAACUACAGAAGAAUCUGUAAAAUAUAGUCAAAGACACAGUAUUCGAAGUUCUAAAGAGACAGUUGCUGCUUCUAAAGAUGGGACAACUGAAAGUGAGCAGAAAGAUAAAAAUGUUGGAGAAGGUAAAGAAAAUAUUAGAAAGCAAAGUGUUGAUAAGGGAUUACACAAGGAUAAUGGUGAUGGCCAGGGAAAAAUAGAGGAAAAGGUUAUCGUAAAAGUGGCAAUGAAAACUACAGAAGAAUCUGUAAAACACAGUAUUCAAAGUUCUAGAGAGAAAGUUGUUGCUUUUAAGGAAGGGACAACUGAAAGUGAGCAGAAAGAUAAAAAUGCUGAAGAAACUACAAGACGAAAUAAUAAAAAAGUCGAAAAACAAGACGUAAAAGAUACAGAUAAAGAACAAAAACAGAAAGAA